UAUCUUGCGACGCAGUGGUUGGCUUGGUAACGGCAAUUGACGACUUUCCCCCCUUAAGAAUCUGUAAACAAAGCAUUUGUUGUGUCCUGUUAUAGAAAAACAGAAAGCCUCGGAGACUAUAACAUUUUCUGUGCGAUGAUCGAGUCCUCUUUAACUUCUUUAGGUGCGAAAGUUGUCCUCGUUGCAUCCAGCGAUGAAAAUCACCCACCAGAAAACAUUAUCGACGGAAACACUAAAACGUUUUGGAUGUCCACUGGGAUGUUUCCUCAAGAGUUCAUCAUUCACUUCCCUGAACCUACAAACAUUGGCACUGUGACAGUGGACAGCUACAAUGUGAAGCACCUGAAAAUAGAAAAAAACACCUCACAAAAUGCUUCUCAGUUUGAGCCUGUUGCAGAGAAAGAGUUUGAAAGUACAGAGGGACAUCUUCAGUCAAAUGCUAUAAUACUAAAUGGCUGCAGUGCCACCCACCUUCGUUUCAUCAUCACCGCGGGAUAUGAUCACUUUGUCUCAGUUCACAGAGUCAGUGUAAAAAAUUAACACACAUAAUUAAAAUUAUUGUGUGUAUAACAUUUAUGAGGUGUGAUCAUAAACUUAUGCAGCGAAACCCAUAAAAUCAAAAACCAUACCUUAUUUAAAUUUGGCCUGACUUGAAUUUAAUGUUGGUUACACAUUUGGUUUAGCCUAGAAUGUACUCAGUUGGGAACUUGGAUAGCUGGAGACCCAAGAGCUGAGUAGUUAUUCCUGUUAUACUUCUUUAACAAGUCUGUGUGGUCACGAGAAUAAAAAAAAUGGCAGGCAUUAAAACAUCCACACAGACCCGGACUCGUGACACGGACUCGUGGAUGCAGAAUGUAUAAAGCAGAAUUUAUUUUUCAGCAGAGGUAGCGCGUUUGCUGUCUGGUGAUGGCCCAUCUACCUGUAGCGAGUGUUGUCAAGUAUGUAGUACAGGCAGUCUGUAAGCCCCUCUUGCUUGUGUUGUUGUUGGUCAGUCAGCCAGCUGCGGAAAAGAGCGAAGUUCUAAAGUUCUAAAAACAGUGAAAAGUGUCAGCUGCACCGAUUGUCUGUAGUUUUUGAUCUUUGAAGUUUAUUUCAUGGUUUCUCCUGUUCCUGUUGAACUCCACUUUACCUAUUCUAGCCCACCUCUGGUUAUAGAACUCCACAUUGACUGCUUCAGUGCUGGCUCAGAUCCAGAAGUGCACAAAAAGAUGACCUUGAAGUCAUGGAUACUGAAAUUUGAAGUGAAAUCAGGCGUACUUUUUAUUUUCAUGGGAGUUGUGCAACGUUGUGAGCGCAUCACAUGUAUAAAAAUAAUAUGACCAUUU